CGUCGGAUAAAUAAUUGAACGUAAAGGAAGAACCAGAAGGAAUAAGCGAAAAUCCAGAUACUGGUGAAGUGCAACAAUAACUCGUAUUAUUCUGUGUGAUAGCCGAGGCUCGCACUUGAGCUACUCGAGUGGAUGGAGUGUGAAAGUGAAAAGAAGACAACACGUCGUCACGUCGCGUAGAAUGGCAUUAUCUUAUCUUCAGGAGGCACAGAUCAACGCAGGACUCCUGACCGGCCAGCACCUCGACAUGAAGCAGGACUCGGACAAGCAGCCGAUGUCCCCACCGUUAAACAACAACAACAACACAACGUCGUCGAUGUUCCCGGGGAUGGGAGCGGCGGCGGCGGCGGCCAGUCUUUCGAUGCUUACGCCGCAGCAGCUCUUGGCCGCGAGUCAAACCGCGGCCCUGAUGGCCGCUGGCAUUCCGGUCUCUCUGCACGCGACCCUUGCCGCAAGUCCGUCGCUCUACCGACACCACCAGACGCUUUUCGGAGGCUGGGCACCGCCGGCGGCUUCCUCGCCUCCUUCACCCCUCCACCACCCCCAAGGGCCCGUCUCUCCGGCCCUGAGCGCCAAGUCCGCGGCCCGUCGGACGGCCGCCAACAACAACAAUAACAACAACAACAACAACGUCGUCAGCAGCAGCGCCGACCGUGUCACGAAGAAGGGCCAGCCGGCGAAGAGGCGCGCCGCCAGGAGCAAACCGGAAACGGCCGUUCUCUCCGUCGAUGGUUCGGCGCCCCUCAGUCCUCCGACGUCGAUAAGUCCCGAGGCCGGGAAGGACGCCAGGGACAAGGUCUUCACCUGCGGCGUAUGCUCGAGGUCCUUCGGAUACAAGCACGUCCUGCAGAACCACGAGCGAACUCAUACGGGGGAGAAACCAUUCGAGUGUCCGGAGUGCCACAAGAGAUUCACCAGGGACCACCACCUCAAGACCCACAUGCGUCUCCACACGGGUGAAAAACCGUACCAUUGCAGCCACUGCGACCGGCAAUUCGUUCAGGUGGCGAACCUGCGCCGGCACCUCCGGGUGCACACGGGAGAACGUCCGUACGCCUGCGAGCUCUGCGCCUCAAAGUUCAGCGAUUCGAAUCAGUUGAAGGCUCACCUCCUUGUUCACAAGGGUGAAAAACCGUUCCUCUGCGAGCAUUGCCAGAUGAGAUUCAGACGAAGGCAUCACCUGAUGCACCACAAGUGCGUCAGCGGUGUUGUAAGAUCGCAGCCUCCCUCGUUGGCGAGCGACGACCUGGACGAAGAGAUCGACAUCGACAUCGACGUUGAGAUCGAUGAACCGGAAGCCAUGGCGCAGCGGAAAUCGGCCGCGACUCCGGCCCGUCGGCCGGCCCUCCACCACCAGCUACCGACCCCGGUGGUGAGCACGUCGGUACAGAUGCCGUUGAACCUCUCGGGGAUACCGAUCGGGAUGCCGGAGCAGACGGAGCCUGAGGAUCUCUCGAUGUCGACGGGUCUCCAUCGGCCCCAUUCCCACUCUCACAGCAGCGGUGACUCGCCCUUGAGUCGGAGCCCGAGCAGCGACACAGCCCACGACGACGACGAGGAGGAGCUCGACGUCUCCGAGGCGAGCCCGAGCACCCUGUUCCUUCAUCAGAACCGGCACUUCAGACACCACCAUCACCUCUCCGGUUCGAUGGCCAGUUCCGGCGCCGGCGUCGGAAACGCUUCCUAGUGCUGAUCCAAUUACUAAACAACCACAAACGGGGGUACGUAGUUUCACCUACGUCGCUACGCAAUUCGCUUAUAAUUCAAUUUCGGGGUCAUUU